GAAGUGGUGGCGCAACACAGUUAGCUAGCCUGGACUGUAGGGUUAGUUCAUGACAGCUGCUCUCAUCCGGAAUAACGCUACAACUUAGCUCCGGUUACUGCUCAUCCUAGUUUUCUUAUGACAUCCUUCAAACCCGACAGACACCUCGCACUAUGUUUGAGGAUCCUGAACUCCAAGAUCCGCUGUCACUGAGUCUAAAUGAAAACUAUGGCGACCAGACUUCACCGCAUCAGGAGCCAAAAAAAGCACCAGCAAGCCCCGACUAUAACUGUGAGACGCCAGAGAUCCGAGUAAUCAUCAAAGAGGAAGAGGAAGGCUGGACUGUGAGUGAAAAUCAUGAGGGCUUCAGCUCAGAGGGAGAAAAAGAAGAUUCUUCUGCAGACAUUUGUCUUCCCCACCUCAAAGCAUGCGAGAAGGAGAGCUCUGUUUCACAUGGAGUGAAGAGACACCAGAGAGUGUAUCCUGCGGAGAAAUGCUCGGAGGAGUCUGGUGGUGGCCCCGCUGUCUAUGGGCAGAGCUCCACUGCCAGAGAAGGGCGGCAGAGACACGUGCUCAUAGGCUCUGAGGAAAAACCUAAGAUUUCCUGUGUACGUGGCAAGACGCCGGGAAAUGUGACUGUGCAUCAGUGCAAUAACACGGGAGAGAAACCCUUCUCCUGUCCAGUACGUGACCCGACCCCCGGUCACAAAACGAACAUUAAGUCCCAUCAGAGGAACGAUGCAGGGGAGGAAUGUUACGCCCAAGAUGAGAGCACAUCUUUGCACACAGAAGCAGAAUUACAUCAGACCAAAAGAUCAGCACCUUACCAAACCGAUUCACCUGAACGUAAGCACCAGAUACCACAUGGACUCAAAGUAGCAUCCGCAACCUUAAACGACCAAACUCUCCAUCUGACUGUCAGACUGCGGGCGGGGGAGGAGGACGAAGAAGAGGAACAGGAUGAAGAAAUUGGAGGUUUAAUCAACUCUGAUGGAGAAGUGGUUGAAUGGGAUGCCAGAGACAGUCCUGACCGAGGCUCUGAUUGCACAGAGGGUCCUCAACCUAGCAAGGGUGUCGUCCUGCCUGACUCUCAGCUGCAAGGCCAAAGCCAGCGGGACAGCAGUAGUCCAACGCUCAUCAUGGAAGUUGUGUCCGUGGGAGAAGAUGAAGAAAGAGACGAAGGGGAGGAGAAAGAGAGAGCAGUAAAGACGCCACCCGCCUCGCCUUUAUACUGUGGAAGGAGACUGAGGAGAAAGAAAAAGAUUCCAGUGGUAUCUUUGGAUAACUCAGACACAGAGAAAGAAGUUCCUGCAAAUGCUGCAAAGAGAAGAGGAAGAAGAAAGAUUUCUCAAACUCCAGUGUCGUCUGCGGAAGACUUGGACACAAAUCCAGGAAUGUCAAGGCGUACCCGAAGAAAGACAAGUUUGCGUACCAAUACAAAACCAGAGGAAUCAAACCUAAAAACUGUCCGCCGUGCUGCUGCAAAGCGGCCUUAUAGAAGACGGAAAGAUAGCAAACCAUCUGCUGACGGAGACGGCGAAAACACAGGCACUUCAGCUGGCAAGAAGCGUCCUGGCAGAAAGAUGGUUCGUGUGCCAAUAGAAAUACCUCCUGAGCUCCUGAAGAAGCCCAAAGAGAAGAUUGAGUACCACUGUUCAGUGUGUGGCAAAGAAUUUCCUCAUGCCUACAAACUAGAGAGGCACGAACUGAUCCACACAGGAGAGAAACCAUACUGCUGCUCCAUCUGUGGCCGGGGCUUUAACCAGAAGGGGAAUCUCAAAACGCACUACAAAGUGCACUUAGGUCGUAAGGGUGCUGUGGAUUUUGAUGAUGAGGUGAAUCCAAUAGCAUCAGAACUCUCGGAAUACUUGAAGUCUCUGCCUGGGGAGUCGAGGAUUCGAUCAUCCCUGCGGUGCCUGGAAUGUGGCAAAGACUGUGAGAGUCAGUCAGCUUUACAAGCACACCACGUUACCACACACACUCCGACAGCUUCUGAAUCCGAUGCAGUCGAACAGAGUGCGUCGCAGCUUCUUUUCUGCCGCCGCUGUGGCGUUCAGUUCAAUGAAAAAGAAAAGCUGGAAGAACACAUGAAGACCCACGUCAAGGAGAAACCCUACUCAUGUCCUGACUGUGGCAAGAGAUUCAUCAAUGAAAGCUACAUACAAAUCCACCAACGCAUCCACACCGGGGAGAAACCGUUCCUCUGCUCUCAGUGUGGCAGAGGUUUCCACACAGCGUCCUCUCUAAAGCUGCAUGAGAUGCAGCACUCUGGGGAGAGACCAUUCGCAUGUUCCAUCUGUGGGAAGACAUUUCGUAUUAACUCCUACCUAACGGCACAUUAUCAGACCCACAUUAAAGACAGACCUUUCAUUUGUAGCGUCUGUGGGAAAGGCUACUCCAGAGCUGAGGAACUGAAGGUACACCAUAGGCUUCACACUGGAGAGAGACCCUACGAGUGUGGAGAAUGUGGGAAGAGCUUCAUUUAUCGCCAGGGUCUGCGGCAGCAUCAGCGCACACAUGCUGGAAGACGCAUCGGGCCGACCAGGCAGCUCGGUAGACCGAAACAGCAGGCCAGGCUGGACAUCUAACAGUUACUCUCUUGAUGCGUUUUUGUUGUUAACUGUGUUUGAAAAAUAUUGCAGUAAAUUGCUCCUCUUUCUUGUUCUUCUUCCUUCCAUUCCUCCAACAUACAGCUGAGAAGAUUACUGCAACUGAAAAUAUGCGCUACAGAUUCAGUGUGGGUAUCCAAGAAUAAUUUGGACGCUUACCGUGUUGUCUUUCUUGUAUUCAUGUUUUGUACCCAUGUUUUCAUGUUUACUCUUCUCUCGUAGCCCAUCUGUACAAUUUGAGUGCCUUUGUAUCCUGCAUGCCAAAUACUAAUACUUAAUGUUGAAAAAAAAAUAUGCACUAUAUCCUUGUUAUUUUAAAAUCAUGGUUGAUGGAAUACAGACAUUUUU